AUGUCUGAAAGCACUGCUCCUGCUGGCAACGCCACCGACACCUCGCAAGAGGCUCUCAAGCUUGUCAUCUGCUGCUGGAAGAAUUUCGGCGCUGACAACAAGAUCAACUUCCAAGCCGUCGCCAAUGAGCUUGAGAUCACCAGCAAGGCAGCCGCUCACAAGCGCUUCGAGCGGCUUCUGAAGACUUUCGACCUGAAGCCCUCGGACCUCACCACCAAAGGCACCAACACCGCCACGGCCCUCCCCGCUGCCUCGCAGGAUCCGAGCACUGCUGCUGCUCCUACCCCCGCCAAGCGCAAGCGCGCCACCAAGGCUGCUGGGAGUGCCGCGGAGGGCAAGACCAAGCGCUCCAAGUCCGUCGCCGUCCCGGUGAAGGAGAACGACGAGGACCCGUUUGUCCAGCAAAAUGCUGGAAAGGAUGAGCCUGAGGAGGAAAUCGAGGAGUGA